UCAUUCACUUUCCAUUCUCUUCCUUCUGUUUCUCAAUUCUUGUCCUUUUUUCCUUUUGUUCUUUCUUCUGAAUCUUCAAUUCUGAGAUGCCUCUUAGAUGUGGAGGCUGCGAAGAAUUGAUUGCAUCUUGGAGGUCCUUCCACUGGUCUAUGUGAACACAUGAUGCUCAGAUGAUCAGUUGUCUCUUCAUCUUCUAUCCUCAGCCUACAAAUGUGUUUUUGUUCCAGGGAAGACACAGGUUCUGCUGCUCUUUGAAUCCUCUUUCACAUAUCCCUCUCGCAUAAGUCACAUCUUCAGAUCCUCACCCAGAAGUGUAAUAAAAUCCAAAGUUGUACAGGCACUGCACCCAGUGAGAUAGAAGGGAUGUUUCAGGAAAGUACACAUCACACAGGGGAGGUCAGGGAAUGGAAGGCUUUGGAAGUUCCAUAGAAAUUUAUGUUCAUUCCAUUGUUCUGUCCUCUGUCCAAAACAGGCCAGUGUCUGGAUCCUUGCCAGGGGUCUCCAUUCCAAGUUAAAGAUGGUCAUAUAUAGUUAGGUUUUUAUUAUUUAGAUUUUCCUAAGCCAGUAGUUGAUUCUAGUUUCCUUUCCCUAGCCUCACAGAUCUCUGCCAAGCUUCCUCUCUGUCUCAUCACAGUCUUUAUCCAGAGAAUUUGUACAAAGGUACCUGGUCUCGUGCACACACACACCCCUUUGCCUAUUUUAGGAUAUUCCACUAUGCAAAAAUCUAAUAAGGUUAAGGAUGAGUCUGCAUUUUUUCAUAGCACUUUGUGUUCAGGGCCCUGACUAGAUACUCAGAGGAGGCUUAAAAGGAGAAAACUCAGUCCCUGAAUGUUAGGAAAUCCCCAUCCCAGUAGGGAGACAGGCAAUCCCACAUGAAACACCCAGCAAACAUUCACAGAGUAGCAUGUCACUUGGUGCAAAGUAGUAAUUAGGAGUGUGUCUAUGUGGGGGGAUAGUCAUAAAGGUAAACUGAAGGAGGUGAAUAUUGGAUCAUCUUGAACAAAGAUGGAGACAAAGGGGAAUAAAACACAUGGAGUAAUCUAUGUGCAAAGAGGAGUAGGGAAGCCAUUGAGUCAGGAGGAGCCAAGAAGAGUUUUGGCAUGGGCUUUGUUGAAAGACUUUCACUGUUAGAUGACAGGGUCUAUAUGGUGGCAAUAGGGAGCCACCACUGAUUCUCAAGCAAGAAAAUGUUGAAUCCUUGCAGAUUUAACUGCAUGGGUCACAUAGGAUAUGCUGGAAUGAAAAAACAGACCCGCUUGCUAUGACAAAGACUGCUUUUAAGAGAGUAGAGCUGGAGGGCAGAUUAGACCCAGUGCUAGCUCUGUCCCUAAGCAGUGAUGGGACCUUGGACUCAUUAUUACCCCUUAGUUUUCUCAUCUGAAAAAAGGGCUCUUUGAGUCCUCUCCAGCUUUGACAUUUUUUGUUCUCUGAGUAACUACUAGGCCUUACCAGUGGCUUUGUUUGUGGGACCUGUCUCUACCAUUCAGUCUUAAGUCAACAAAUAUUUAUUAACACCUACUGUGUACCAGUAGCAUAUAGUGAGGAAAAUACAGUGGAGCUAGGAAAUCGGGAUGAGCAAAAACAAAGUCCUUGCCCCUUAGCGGUUUUAGACUAGUGGAGGCAGAAGAUAUUCAUUGAUUCUAAAAUUCACCAAUUAACAUUUCUGAAGUCAAGAUGCAUCUUAAAAUCAAUGGAGUAUCACAAUUUAAUUGGCAGCAUUUGCUUUUUCUUAGUGCCACAUAAUAGUUUAAUUGGAAUUGUACAAAUAACUAAAAUUCCAAUGGGUAAUUGCUGAAGGGAAAGGUACAUAGGAUAUGAGCAUGUAAAGGAGGAUGCUGACUGGUCCACUAGGUUGGGAGGAGGGCUUUCUUGAGGAAAUGAUGACAUAUGUGAAGGAUAUGUAGGCAAGGUGUGGAGUUGGUGGGAAGAUUACCCUAGGCAAAGGUGGAUGCCUGAGGUAAGAGAACUGAAAGAAGGUGAGUGUGGCUGAAGCACAGACCCAGGAGCUCAGCAUGCAGGUGAGGCUGGCAAGGCAUUUGGGGAGCAAACCUCUCACAGCCUCCCAGGCCCUGAAAAUGAGUUUUGGUUUUUACCCUAAAAACAGUGGGAAGCCAUUGAAGAGUUUUAAACAGGAGUAAAAUGGUCUGAGGUACAUUUUGAUGACCUUGUUGUGGCUGUAGAUUGUAGUGGAUGCCGGAAGACUAGAUGAUGGGUGGUGAGCGUGGAAGAGGACAUGGAGAGUAGAUGAAUUCAAGAGAUCUCUAGGAGGUAAAAUUACCAGGACUCAGUGAUGUAUUGACAAGGAAGAGGGAGGCGUGGAGAGUGACUCACGUUUCUGUCUUGGACAACUGUAUGGAUGGUGGCACUAAUAUCUGACACGGACAACCCUAGAGCCUGAUAGGUCCCAAAGGUGUCUCUAUAGCAUCUAGGAGGUUAGAUAGGAUCCUAAGGCAGCUUGAGGUGGGAAAGUGUGGCACAGAGAAUUGAAUUUCUUUCCAUAUUGAUUAGUUUCUGACUUCCCAUGCUGAGGAAAGUUUCAAAGGACAGGAGCUGGUCUGACACGGCUAGAGGAGUUGAACACAGAAAAGGUGAUUCAAGUUGGAGUAGUUUGGCGUAUUUCCUACUCUUGUUAUGACAGGAUGGGUGGGAAAGGAGGAAACACAGAUAUUACUAAAGGUAGCGAUUAGAAAGCAUUUUUAAAUGCUGAGUUUUCUUAACAGGGAUAAUUGAGGAAGCAGGGAAAUCAAGCAGCAGUGAGGUGGCUCCUCCUCAGCCUAGACCUCUUCCCUACCACUCCUCACCUUUCAAGCAGAGAAGAGGAAGGCCAGAGCCUUUUAGCUGCAUCUCCACACCUCAGUUUACUUUAAAAAAUUUUUUUGAAUUGGUGACAUAGUAAGAUGGGCUCAUAUUCAAAAGUUACAAAAGGGCAUGUAGUGAGAAGUCUCCACCUUGGUCCCCUUCCUACUGAUUUCUUGUAUGUCAGCCUUUUGUCUCUGAUUUUUAUACAAGUGAUAAAAUUUUGCAGUGCUUUGCUUUUUUCCCCACUUGUUAAUAUAUCUUAAAGGUUGUUUAAUGUCAAGACAAUGAGCUUCAUUCUUUUUAUGGCUGCACAUUAUUUCAUUUUAUGUUUGUGUGUAAUUUCUUAGUUCCUUAUUGAUGGAUAUUUAGGCCAAUUCUAACUUGUUUUUACAAAUAAUGCUGAAAUGGGAACUUUGUAUAAGGCAUCAUUUUGGCCAUGUGGGGCUUUAUCUAUAUGAUGAAUUUUUAGAAUUAGAAGAUUCUGUAUAGAGUGUAUUUAUUCCUUCAUUUUUCAUUCAUUCAUUCAAUAUUUCUUGAGUAUCCAUGAUGUGCCAGAUACUGUGACAGGUGCCAGGAAUCCAGCUUUCAAUAAGUCAGAUAUGAUCCCUACCCUCAUGGAAUAUUAUUACACUCUAUUAAGGAAAAACAUAAUUACAAAGUUGUAUGCAAGAGGAAACUAAAAAGGAGACCAGACAGAGAAUAAAUUGGAAGGAUCUGCUUUAAAUAGAGUUAGAUUAUUUAAUCUGAGAUUUAAAGGGUGGGAUACAGCCUGCUGUUAUGUAUAGAAUGGGGAAACAGGCUGUUAAAAGCCUCACCCACAGGAAGAGAAGUUCAGGGUCUGUAGGGGAGGUGGGGUAGAGCUAAAAAGUUGAGAGAUGAUUGAGAGCGGGAGACGUCAAAGAGAGUGAGUGACUAAAGAUGAGGACAAUUAGGGGAGGGAGCUGGUAGUGAAGAGAGUUAGGGAGACUAGCAUUUAUGAAGGACUAGUGACUAAUUGUGUUUAGAGGGCUUUGAGAUUGAAUCUCUGUACCUGGAUGAAUUCAAGUGGGGAGUCAGGAAAAGAGGCCACUUCCUCCCUGGGUACUUUGGGAAUGAAAGCCUCUUUUUAACUGGUUUGAGGGGGGCACAGCCUUGCCCACAGCAGGAGAGUGUAUGAAAAUCCUUGAGCAGAGCCAGUCUGUGGCUGUAGUACUGCCUCCUCUAUCUUUUCGGUGGCUUUGGCAAAAUGUAAACUUCUAAAAUGAAGAUGACAUUGAAGGGGCUUGGCCAGCUGGCUCUGGGCUGGUGGAAGAGAGAGCAGACCUACCCAGGGCUCAGAGUUGGGGGUAGGCAGGAAAUUGAGCUUAGAGACCCUUCCUCUGAACUUUGUGCUCCUUUUUCAGCUUCACCCCUCUGCUUCCCUUUUGCAAAAACCCAUCUCUUUGCCCAUCCUGGGUCCUAUGACUUUUCUCUCCCUCAACAGUCGGUUCCCGAUUCUGGUCCCCGGCCCCCAGCAGCGCCUGCCCCCUUCCCACCGGGGCCCCCCAUGAUGCCACCACCCUUCAUGCCCCCUCCAGGAAUCCCCCCACCCUUUCCUCCAAUGGGGCUACCCCCCGUGAGUCAGAGACCACCAGCCAUCCCCCCUAUGCCACCUGGAAUCAUGCCCCCAAUGCUUCCACCAAUGGGGGCACCACCACCACUCACACAGAUCCCAGGAAUGGUACCUCCCAUGAUGCCAGGAAUGCUGAUGCCAGCAGUGCCUGUCACCGCAGCGACGGCUCCGGGUGCGGACACCGCCAGCUCUGCUGUGGCUGGGACAGGCCCUCCGAGGGCCCUAUGGAGUGAGCAUGUGGCCCCUGACGGGCGCAUCUACUACUACAAUGCUGACGACAAGCAGUCCGUGUGGGAGAAGCCCAGCGUGCUCAAGUCCAAGGCGGAGUUGCUGCUAUCUCAGUGUCCCUGGAAAGAGUACAAAUCGGAUACAGGCAAACCUUAUUACUAUAACAACCAGAGUAAGGAGUCCCGCUGGACCCGGCCCAAGGACCUGGAUGACCUGGAGGCUCUAGUCAAACAAGAGGCUGUAGGGAAACAGCAGCAGCAGCAGCCACCACAGAUACUGCAGCCGCAGCCUCCUCAGCCACAGCCUGACCCCCCACCUGUGCCUCCUGGCCCUACCCCAAUGCCCAUGGGCCUCCUAGAACCUGAGCCAGGUGGGAGUGAAGAUUGCGAUGUGUCAGAUGCUGCCCAGCCCCUGGAACAGGGGUUCCUACUGCAGCCAGAGGAGGGCCCCAGCAGUUCUACUGGACAGCAUCAGCCGCCACAGCAGGAGGAAGAGGAAUCAAGGCCAGAACCAGAGAGGUCUGGCCUCAGUUGGAGCAACCGGGAGAAGGCAAAGCAGGCCUUUAAGGAGCUGCUGAGGGACAAGGCUGUCCCCUCCAACGCAUCAUGGGAACAGGCCAUGAAGAUGGUGGUCACCGACCCCCGUUACAGUGCCUUGCCCAAACUGAGUGAGAAAAAGCAGGCAUUCAAUGCCUACAAGGCGCAGCGGGAGAAGGAGGAGAAGGAAGAGGCCCGACUAAGGGCCAAGGAGGCCAAGCAGACCUUGCAGCACUUCCUGGAGCAGCAUGAGCGCAUGACCUCCACCACCCGCUACCGGCGGGCAGAACAGACCUUUGGGGAGCUGGAGGUCUGGGCUGUGGUUCCUGAGAGGGAUCGAAAAGAGGUUUAUGAUGAUGUCCUCUUCUUCCUGGCCAAGAAGGAGAAGGAACAGGCCAAGCAGCUCCGACGCCGUAACAUCCAGGCCCUGAAGAGCAUCCUGGAUGGGAUGAGUAGCGUCAACUUCCAAACGACAUGGUCCCAGGCCCAGCAGUACCUCAUGGAUAACCCCAGCUUUGCUCAGGACCAUCAGCUUCAGAACAUGGACAAGGAAGAUGCACUGAUCUGCUUUGAGGAGCACAUCCGAGCUUUGGAGAGGGAGGAGGAGGAGGAGCGGGAGCGAGCCCGGCUUCGGGAGCGGCGCCAGCAACGCAAGAACCGGGAGGCCUUCCAGACCUUCCUGGACGAGCUGCACGAGACAGGGCAGCUGCACUCCAUGUCCACCUGGAUGGAGCUGUACCCAGCGGUCAGCACUGAUGUCCGCUUUGCCAACAUGCUGGGCCAGCCGGGCUCCACCCCUUUGGACUUGUUCAAGUUCUAUGUGGAGGAGUUGAAGGCACGAUUCCAUGAUGAGAAGAAGAUCAUUAAGGACAUCCUUAAGGACCGGGGCUUCUGUGUGGAGGUGAACACAGCCUUUGAGGACUUCGCCCACGUCAUAAGCUUUGACAAGAGGGCUGCUGCGCUGGACGCAGGCAACAUCAAGCUGACCUUCAAUAGUCUGCUGGAGAAAGCAGAGGCUCGGGAGAGAGAGCGAGAGAAGGAGGAGGCACGAAGGCUGCGGCGCAGGGAAGCUGCCUUUCGAAGCAUGCUGAGGCAGGCUGUGCCUGCUCUGGAGCUGGGCACUGCCUGGGAAGAGGUCCGUGAGCGCUUUGUGUGCGACUCAGCCUUUGAGCAGAUCACCCUGGAGUCGGAGCGGAUCCGGCUCUUCCGGGAGUUCCUGCAGGUACUGGAGACUGAAUGCCAGCACCUCCACACCAAAGGCCGAAAGCACAGCAGAAAGGGCAAGAAGCACCAUCACAAGCGUUCCCACUCACCCUCAGGCUCCGAGUCGGAAGAGGAGGAGCCACCCCCACCGUCUCUCCGGCCCCCCAAGCGGAGGCGGCGGAACCCCUCUGAGUCUGGCUCUGAGCCCUCUUCCUCACUUGAUUCAGUUGAAAGUGGGGGUGCUGCCCUUGGAGGACGGAGCUCCCCAUCCUCCCGCCUUCUCCUUGGAUCAGAUCAUGGCCUUCGGAAAGCCAAGAAACCAAAAAAGAAAACUAAGAAGAGAAGACACAAGUCGAACAGUCCUGAGAGUGAGACAGAUCCUGAGGAGAAAGCUGGCAAGGAGAGUGAUGAGAAAGAACCAGAACAGGACAAGGACAGGGAGCUCCGACUGGCAGAGCUCCCUAACCGCUCCCCAGGUUUUGGAAUCAAGAAGGAGAAGACGGGCUGGGACACGUCAGAAAGUGAGCUGAGCGAGGGUGAGCUGGAAAGGCGGCGGCGGACACUCCUGCAGCAGCUGGAUGACCACCAGUGACCCGACAAGCUGCUCUGCCUCGGGUCUGUGUGAGGCUGUGGCUCCUAGGUCAUCCCUAUCAUCUGCCACAGACUCCUUCCUUAGUCUGGUCUGUGUCCACUUUUCUUCAAGUAACCCCACCCUCAACACACCAUUGCCGGUACCCCUCAAGGUUACUCGUGGUGUUCAAGGGUCCCCCACUCCCCGGACAACUAGUGCAGUCCUUGCCCUCAGCCCCAAACCAGAGAUUGAUGGUGUAUACCAUGUGGGGUGGGUGUUGCCAGUAGCUAAAAUGUGAGAAGGGGCCUCCAGGGAAAAGUGACAGGCUGGUGGACAGCCUGGGUGGCAGAGGGCGGGGUCCUUACCCUCUAGCAUCAGUGCCUGCUCCUGCCUGCCUGGGCCCUAGGGCUCCACCACUCCUUUCUCUAGCCCUGGGACCCAUUGUAUGUGUGUUUUGUUUUGUUUUUGUUUUUUAAAUAACAAUAUUUAUAACGUGGCCA